CCCUCCUAAGCUACGGUAGAGAUAGCCCGAGCCAGAAGACAGCUGGUGACAGGCUGUCAGCAACCCGGCCAUGCCAGCUUUUCUUUGCCUCCUUCGUCUCUUUCUCUCUCUAUCUCGCACGCUCUUGCCCAACUACGCACAGUGAUCUUCCGCUCGCUAGGGUUUACCUGCUCCUCUUCUUCGGUCUGCUGAUGCCGUGAUGGUUCAUCGGAUCUGAACUUGUCGUUCCGGACCCUUUUUUUCAACUUCGUUAUUCGUUGCUGGUGCUGGAUGUUAGGGUUUUGGUUGAAUGCGGGACGCUCAAAGAUCCAUACGGCGUUGUUUGGACCAAGGAGUUCUCUAUGAGCUAACAUUAUAAGCUUUGCUGUACAUUGGAUUGCUACAGCUCUCAGGUUGUAAUUUUAGUACUCAUAUGACUUCAGAAAGUUUGGAAGGAGGAGGCAUACUUUCUAGGAUACACCUUCAACCCCAUAUGAAUUCUGGAUCAAACUCAGGUUAUAGUCGAUCACUUACUAGCAUUCCAGCAAAUAUCUCCUCAUCAAGUGAGGGCUUUCUUGGUAUAUGCCGCUGCUAGUGGGGAGCAUGCGAAGGAUCUGUGCUUUGGGUGAUGCCCCUGACCAGAGUUGCCACCGAUGUAUUCGGUGUGGUGACCAUUGUCCUUGUCGCUUUGACCUCCAUCUUGGGAUUACUGUGCAUCUAUCGCUGUAUCUAUUUUCAUCUUCAGAUUCAAAGACGAGGCUUUUUACACCUCAGGUACUUUAAUGGCCCCUGGAUCAUCAGAAUCACGAUAAUAGUCAUUUCAAUUUGGUGGGGAUUUGGUGAAAUUCUCAGAUUAAGUUUCCUGAGAGGAGCAGGAAAGCUUUUCUCUACCAUAAGAUGGCAGAAGUAUGGUUGCAAGUUCUACAUCCUGUCAAAUCUUGGCUUUGCCGAACCAAUCAUCUUUCUCAUGCUUGCUUUCUUACUCCAUGCUUCACUCCAGAAGAGAGAAUCAGGCACUCUGAGUCAGAGGUGGAACAGGAAGACAGUUUUGUUUGUCAUCCUUCUUUGCAUUCCCAUAUUCAUCCUCCAACUGGUCCUCGUUUUAUUAGGACCAAAAUUUAACAAGGAGGAGAUACCUAGAACAAGAAAGAAGAUGGCCAAGUUCUUCACGAGCACAUAUUUGGUGAAUAAUAGGUGCAUAUGCACUUACCCUCUUCUGAGCACCAUAAUUCUAGGGUUACUGUAUUUUCUUCUCAUCUGUUAUAUAGUUUACGUUGGUGCCCGAUUGCUGUCUCUGGUGAUCAACAAGGGAUUGAGAAUUAGGGUUUACUUCCUCGCGCUGUCUGUGAUUUUCUUCCUCCCGCUAAGGGUGCUCUUGCUUGGAUUUUCAGUGCUGCCUCAUGUAGGAAAUCUGGCCUAUGAAAUGCUUGUAUUCUUCGCCUUCCUCAUGCUGCUGUUUUGCAAUAUGAUAGGCAUAUGCAUUCUAGUCUACCUCCCUGUUGCAGAUUCACUCAUCUUGCGAGACAUCGAACAAAAUAUUGGUGGAAAUAACGACACUCCUUAUGAUGACUACUUUCACGAAGAUGCGUCGUUAAUUGCUAACCAGAGCCAUCAAGAUGUGUCGAGGAAUUCGGACGCAUCGACGAAGCGGGGUUCCAUAUCCUUCCGAACGAUGAUCAAGGAUGAUUCUCCUGUGUUGGAUGGAAUUGUGGAAGGCCGUUGGAGCCAUUUUGUACCACUUCAAAUUGUUUCCCCUGCAGGGUCCUCUUCCCCAUACAGGGAAGUGGAGGUGACUCCAGUAUACUAGGGAAGAAACAUGCACUUCUUCUUAUUCACCUUUUUUGUAGUUUAGCUUUCGAGUUUUUGUGAAAGAAAACGUUUGUGUAAAGAGUUUUUAAUGUUUAAUUACCAUGGGAGCGAGUAUGGCGUGGUUUUACAGGUGUGUUCA